AUGGCGUCAACCGACGAGGACGCGACGCCUCAAACGGCCGCCACAGCAGCUGCAGACGCCGCCUCUGUCACCACUGAAGCCCACGAGCACCCGGAGGACAUCCAGACGAAGCCGCUGGACCCUGUAGACGUGACGAACGCCGUCCAUUGCCGUCGCAAUCGGCGCAUUGCCGACAGUCAGGACCGUACGAUUUGUACCGCAACAACCAGGUCUCGAUCAAGCCAUUUUAAAGCAGCAGACGAUGGCCCGUCGCUGCACCUGCGACGUCAAGGAGUCACGUGUCGAGCUGCGACACUUUGGGACUCGAUCGAGUGGAUGGCGAGUGCUGGAGCUCAAGUGGAUGCUGGCCAGCGGCUUGGCACGGCUGGACGGCUGGAGGACGGCACUCUGCGCGUUUUGCAGGCGCCUUGCAAGGGCAAAUUGCAUUUUUUGACGAAGGAGCAGUCGGACGAGAUGAUGGUCGCACAGGGGGACAAAGGGGCACGCUCCAUGAGGAGAACGGUGGCGGUUGUUGAGUACUGCGUCCAUCCUGUGCGCAACGGUCGCACGUGUUUAAUGUGCCUCGAAGUGGUGGACGACGAGGAGGACGAGGGUGGUGGUUCUAGGGGUGAUUAUGGAGAUGGAGAUGGUGGUAGAGAGACUGGCGGCUCAGCUAGUGUCAACGUCGUGUCUCAUGGACAGGUCAUUCGACUGAACCUGGAAGAAGCAAAAAAAUUUGACACGGAUAACAUUCGUCGCCAGCUUGGUGCGAAGAAGCUGUCUCUAGUACUGGAUCUCGACCAUACGUUGCUGCAUGCUGUGCGUGUUGAUGAUGUGGAGGGCAAGAUUGCUACAACAGACGACAUUCAUUUCUUCUUCAUUUCGGGCCUCGACCAGCAGCAUGUGGUGAAACUACGGCCAGGUCUGACGGAGUUUUUGACCGAGCUUUCGGCGCUCUACGAUUUGUUCAUUUACACACAUGGCACGCGACUGUAUGCUGAGGAGAUUGUCAAGAUUAUUGAUCCGGAUGAAACGUAUUUCAAGAACCGUGUUGUGGCACGCACUGAUACGCCAGACAUGUUUCACAAGUCGCUCAAGCUGCUAUUUCCUUCGUGUGAUGACUCAAUGAUCCUUGUCCUUGAUGACCGGAUCGACGUGUGGAAGGACAAUGAAGCAAACGUGUUUCUCAUCGAGCCGUAUCACUAUUUCAAGUGCACUGCUGAAAUCAACAACGCGUCGGGGCGUGGUGUGGCUGACCAGCACGAUGCUGAGGCUACUGAAGACGGGUACCUUGCACAGGCAGUAGCCAUUUUAACGGAUGUCCACAAUGCUUUCUACGAGGGUCACGGAACGGGGAUGCGAGGUACGACCGUUGAAAACCAGAUGGCUGGCAACGGUCGGGAUGUUAAAGCGAUUCUGAGCGAGCGAAAACGCGCAAUCUUGCAUGGCUGCUCGAUCGUAUUCAGCGGAGUGUUCCCGAUUGUUGGCCCCCGGAGUCAUGGGUCCCAUCAUUUGUGGCGUCUAUCGGUCGAUUUGGGCGCUGUUCCCAGCGUGACGUUGAAAGAUUUUCCAAUGACACACCUCGUAAUCCACCCAGAACGUUUAGGAACUGAAAAGCACGCUCAGGCAAAACUACUUCCUGAGGUGCUGAUUGUGACACCCGACUGGAUUCUCAAGUGUGCUCGAACAUGGUCUCGCGUGUCUGAACAGGACUUUCUUGCUGACGAAUGGCAAGCGAAGUAUGCGAGGAAAGAGUCAGCAGAGCAAGAGGUAAAGGCAAAUGUGUCUGCGGAAGCAGAUAUACCUUCUGAAACACCAAGCGGGACUUGCGUGACUACUGGUGGUGAUGUGAGUGCAAAUGAACCAUCUGCAGCCGUUUCUCUCGCAUCCGAGGAUAAGUCAGCUUCAACGAUCAUUAAGGACCAGGAGUUAGGGGAACCAUCUGCAGCCGUUUCUCUCGCAUCCGAGGAUAAGUCAGCUUCAACGAUCAUUAAGGACCAGGAGUUAGGGGAAGCGAAACGCGGCAAGCAAGUCACAUUUGCUGACGACGUCGCAAAUCCUCCCAGUGACGACGGCACUGAGAAAAAGCCCGGGGCUGUAAGAAGGUCUCGCGUGGUUCGCAGAUCACCUGGUGCUGGGCGUGCACGUACUGCGAACGCUGCUAGUAUAGCAACUGGUGUUGUAGCUACUGGCGGUACGUUCGAUUUCCUGUCAAAAAUUAGCGCAAUAAAGCGUGAGUCAGCUACCAGCGUCAAGGUCCAAAAAGCCAAAGUGACUACAAAAGAUCGCGCGCGUCCAGUUUCGCCACCAAAGGACGUGGACGAUGCGUUUUUGCGCCUCAUUGAAGCAGAAGAGCGUGAAAUUGAAGAGGAGAAAAAGCGCAAGCGGUCGUCGACUGAAAUCAAGGACCAGCUUUUUACCCGACGGGCGAAGAAAAAUACCAGCAAACAUGCUCGUGACCCCGAUUCUGAUGCAAUAAAGGCUGCCGAGAAACGAAUGCGGGUUACCUCUCCGGAGCAGUCGAAUGGGGCUAUUGAAGAUGACAGCGAGGAUGAAGAGCUAGACGACUUGGAAGCUGAUAUCUUGGGGGACCUAUGA